CUUUUCGUAACUGGUUCGUGUUAAAACAGCAUGAGUUCCAACAAUGGCCUUCCAAUCGCACUGGUUACCAAUGAAAAUACGAACGGUGCUAUGGACCUGACUGGUUUGGCUACCCAGCUCGGUAUCAACGCUGCUAUAGCCGUAGGUGUUAUUUUAGCCUUCAACAUCCUACGCCCUAACCAUUCCCUGGUAUAUGCUCCAAAACUUAAGUAUGCAGAAGAAGGGAAGCGACCUCCAAAGGUUGGAAAGGGUCUGUUUGACUGGGUCAAACCUGUGGCACAAGUAAAAGAUGAUGUAUUGAUCAGAAACAUCGGAUGGGAUGCUGUCAUGUUCAUUCGGUGCUUGCGCAUGUUCCGAAGAAUUUUCUACUUCUUGUCUAUAGUAGGAUGUCUUGUAUUGAUUCCAAUCAACAUUGCCGCCACCAGUCAGACAGGUGAUCAAUGGCCACCAACCACAGCAAACAUCUUGAACGUUCUCUCCCUUACCGCCAUCAACACUUAUGGUAACUCAUACGACAAAACAGGAGAAAUGAGGUGGUUUUGGGCCCACACGGCUGGAACGUACAUUAUGAGCGGCAUUCUUUAUUUUGUCAUCUGGAGGUCUUACGCUGAAUACAUCCAAAUGAGACAACAAUACUUCGAAAGCACGGAUUAUCAAGCUACAGUUCAAUCCAAAUCGCUGCUCGUUAUGAAUUUACCAGCAGGCCUUCAAAGUGAUGAAAAGCUACGAAAGUGGAUGCAGCAAAUCUGUACAAAGUAUCCAAUUCAGCAAGCAUCCGUAGGAAGAAAAAGCGGUAUGUUGAACGAAAUUAUGGAAAAGCAUGAAGCUGCUGUCCGCGAAUUGGAAAACACACUGGCAAGCUAUCUCAAGGAUGGAAAAGUCUCCAAUAACCGACCCAUGAAAACCAUUGGAGGAAAAUUUGGAUGUGGAGGUAGAAAGGUGGAUGCCAUCGACUAUUUGAGUCACCAAGUGCAGACCUACGAAGAGCAAAUUGAACACAUUCGCUCUAACAUUCAAGGCAUAAAGCCCGAGAACUAUGGCUGGGUUUCAUUCUCUCGUGUUAGCUGGGCCCACGCAGCCGCUAAGCAACUGAGAAACGGAGUUCCUUCUAAGUUCAAGACCGGCGCCCUUAAUUCGCCUAGCAUUCGACUUGCGCCUGCUCCCAAUGAUGUUAUCUGGACCAACAUGGCCAUGUCGCAAGCUGUCAGACGAAGUAAAAAGAUUUUUUGGAACGUUAUCUACUACUUACUGUUGAUCUUAUGGUUUGUGCCGACAAGUAUCCUCUCUGUCAGUUCCAACGUCAAGAACGUGAUCAAUCUCUUCCCCAAUUCCAAAGCGUUCUCCAAAGCCAAUCCCUUCUUUAUAUCUCUUGUCGAAGCCUGGUUUGCUCCUCUCGUUAUGGCUCUAUUUUUCUUGAUUCUGCCCCAUAUCCUCAGAGCCAUUUCAAGACGACAAGGAUAUAUUACUAAGACAUCACUAGAUCGUCAAGUAUUGGGAAAACUCUAUCUAUUCUUUAUCAUCAACAACUUGUUGGUGUUCACAAUUGCAUCCACCAUUUUGAACCUCUACACAAAGAUUUCGGCAUCGGUUAACAGUGGAGAUACCAUCAAUGUCAUUUCUCUUAUGCGUCAGAAUCUCAAUCUUUUGGCUAAAAGUUUAGCAAAUGUCAGCACAUACUGGACCAAUUACGUGACUUUGAGGAGUUUGGGUAUUUUACUGGAUCUGGCACAAAUUUUUUCUUUGCUUUACGUUGCAUUCAGAAAAUGGUUUUUCAAUCCAAGUCCGCGCCAGUUGAGAGAGUUCACAAGACCUCCGAACUUUGACUAUUCGCUCUCGUACAAUCUACUUCUGUUCUUCUUUACUGUCGGGCUUGUCUACUCCGUGAUCGCUCCUCUUAUCCUACCUUUCACAUUGUUCUACUUUUUCAUUGCUACUGUGGUCUUCAGAUAUCUUCUAAUGUAUAUCUUUACAACCAAGACAGAAACUGGUGGUCAAAUCUUCCGAGUGAUCAUCAACCGUAUGCUCGCGUCCACAGUUCUGUUCCAACUGAUCAUGAUUUUGAUUCUCUAUUUCAAGUCAGCCACAAUUCAAACGUACACCAUUUGCCCGCUACCUGUGAUAACGAUCAUUUACAAAAUUGUCCUGAGCAAGCGAUUCGACCCUUACGUGUACUACUAUAAAGUACCUGCAUCCGAAGAACAAAGCAUUCCAAGCGUAGAUGGACCAGGCGCAACCAUCUCCCGUCGCAACCGCAUCGGCAUCCGGUUCGGUAACCCAGCUUUUUUUGCAGAGUUGCCUACGCCCAUGGUGCACGAACGCGCACAGCACCUACUGCCACAAGUUUUUGCUGGCAAAAUGCGUGGAAUACAAGAGAGUUUCACAAGUAAAGUGACUAGGAAGAAGAGUGUGAAGCAUAUGAGCAUUAUCAAUCGUGGUGAUGCGCAUGAUCUUCGCUUCCAAGCCAUUCCUGAAAAUGAAUUGGAUAUCGACGCCAGCCAUGCGAUACCAGCAACCACAAACAUACCAGCCGUCUCGACGACCAAGCGAUCAUGAAGACCCAUAUUCUGCCAAUCGACCCUUGAUGGCCCCAGAGUUCAACGAAUACAGCUCACCAUCGCUACAUGAAUCGGACUCAAACUAUUUUGGUCACGAAGCUCAUCAGUACGAUAACACUUACCAACAUGAAUCGUAUGAAAUGGGAAACGUCAAUGACCCUUACUAUUCACAAAGCGCUGGUCGCAAUGGCUACUAUCCUCCAAGAGUUUAAAACAUGGAUGUUUCCAUUGUACAUUUACAUAACCACAACUAUUCUAUUAUCGUUAAAUGCUCUUACUCCUAUUUGUAAAGUAUACACUUUUCAGAAAGUACUUUCGUCGUGCAAUGAAAUGGCUUUCGCAUUUUUUCUCCAAUAGAUUUCUGUUUUCAACACAUUGGCAUUGAUGGUGUGAGCUUGUAAUCUAGUUUGAUAUGAGUAGAGUAAUUGGUUUUACCUACUCGCGAAAUCUCGGUAAACGCGGCAAUAA